AUGGACGAGGAUUUUUGCUCACCAAGUCACCGAGAACCAUGUAGAAGACGGAAGAAGCUUCUCCAAGGUACGAAAGGGUCGGCACGCGUAUUAGCAAUCUAUCAAGGCAUCGACGCGGGUUUCGAAGCAAAACGAGCAAACAAGCAGCCUAAGGGACUACCAAUAGGAGUUCGAAUGCCUAGCAAGUCAUGUACGCGGUUGGCUGGAGCAAGCACUCAUAGGCGUAAGUCAAGGAACUUGAGGGAGGUCAUGGAGUCUGCACGCAUGCCCGACGACCACCUGGUCGUGUCGCGAAAUUAUGUGGACAGCCUGCCCAAGGCCAGAAAUUCACUUACAGUGAUCAAGGAACAACUGUCUGAAGAGGAAAGGCAGCACCAGAUAAGCAAGGGGCAAUGCUUCCGUUGUAAUGAAAAAUUUGCGUCAAGACAUCGGUGCAAGCAACAGUUGUACGCCAUCGAAGGCGACAAGGAAGAACACGAGGAGGAUAAAUCGAGGCACUGUGGUGCUGGCCGCCGCAGGCAAAGCGCGUUGGGCGCAACAUGCGCACGUGCGGACCUGCGCUAUGAAACAGAUAGUGGGCACGCGCGCACAGACGCGAGGCAGCGCAUAGUAGAACGGGGCAAUGCGGGCACUCGUGACCUGUGCGAGAUUAUUCAUGGGCGCAAAAAUGCAGGAUGUCGGGCGACGCAGGCAAAGCACAUCGUGCGCAAGACGCAUGCAGUUAGAAAAUCCAACUUCCGAGUGUCCCUGAUAAGAAUCCCCAGGUAUUUUUCAUUUUCUCUAAAUUUUAGCGAAUCGGAUCAAUUUGCUAGUGGUUCUCCAUCUGAAAUACCUGUCGGGGUGAAGAAAGCCAAACUAGAAAGAAAGGAUGUCAUAUCUAUAGAAGAUCCUAGAGUUCGAGAAUACAUUGGAGCUGAAAAAGCAUGA